AUGCCAAGGAAAGCUCGAUACACCGUUAGUGAUGCAACCGGAUUUGUAGCUGGCCCUAAUAGUCAAACCCACGCUAGUCCACAAACGGAUGGAACGCAUGAUACGGGGGAAGAAACUUCAAGUGCACAACAACGUGCAAGAGCCCCUCCACCACCGCGUUCCGGCAAUGGUGCUCGACAAUCCCGUGUUAACGCUGUACCCUUUCGACCACCUCGCAAUGAAACACGGAUGGCUUCGUCAAGUGACGUUGGGGACGCUCGAGCUCCUGCGACAAAUAGAAAGCAUCCACCGGAUUCACAUGAAGGUGUGGAUGACCAUUCAGAAGAUGAAGACUAUAACCCGGAGGCGGAUGAGAUCGAUUCAUUCGAUGACCAUCUAGAUAACAUGUUUGCUGCACAUGAAGUUGAACAUCAAGAAAAUGGUAUGAUCUCUUCUAUGGAGCUGACUGUUAGGGAGGCAUUAGCACUUCAUCCUAGAAAGAAGAUCGUUCUACACCAUAACAGAGAGUUGCAACAAGUUGGUCAGGCAGCGGGCUUGUUGAGUGGUUUCUUGGGGACAUUGGGAUCUGAUUUUCAACAAUUACCAAUUUGUGCAAAGAGUUGGAAGACAAUGAGCAAGGCUUCCAAGGAGCAUGCGUAUGACCAGGUUAAGCGAGUCUUCCACUAUGAGGACGAUAAAAGAGGGUGGAUAAAGCGGGGAAUUUUACAAAGAAUAGGAAACUGCUGGAGGAAUUCAAGAAAUCAUUUGUUCCAUAAGGUUUAUGACGAAGAACUAACUUUUGAGCAAAAUAUCAAGCGUAAGCCACCAGGAAUAGAGGCAAAUCACUGGAAAAAGUUUCUUCAAUAUCGAUUGGACGAUGACACGAAGGAUAAGUGUAGAAAAAAUGCCGUUAAUCGUUCAAAGCAACAAUACACACACACCGGAGGUUCUAAAACGAUGGCAAGAAAGAGACACGAAGAAGAAGCAAUUGAACUUAUUGAGAGCCAAGACCCCUCUAGCAAGGAAUUUUCACAGAAUGAUUCCCUUGCACAAGUGCUUGGAAAGGAGCACCCAGGAAGAGUUCGUGGACUCGGUAUUGGUACAUGUCCGAGUCGGUGUUUUCGUAACAUUCCAGAGCAGUCGGACUACGGUGUACAGAUUGAGGAGUAUCAGAUGGAGAUUGUGAAACUCAAGGCAGAGGCAGCAGAACUCAAGGCGGAGGCAGCAGAACUCAGGGCAGCAGCAGCAGCAGCAGAGGCAAAGAGACAGAGAAUGGAGACAGAGGCAGCUGAAGGGAAGGCAAAAAUACAGACAAUGGGAGAUUUGUUGACAUACGUAAUCCAGCAACAAGGAGGUAAUUUGCCACCUGAAAUAGCUGCGGGUUUGGAUUAUUUGAGAAGUGCACCAACCUCAUCCCAUGCAAGAUGA